GCCAAAAGAAAAUACAUAAAUUUUUGGUGGUAAAUAUCCAAAAAGGAAUAUAAAUAGUAACAAAAGCACACCAAAUCAACUAUGCUCAUAUGUUUUCAUUCAUAUUCCUAUAUUUCUUCUCUCAAUCCCACCUUUUAAUCUCUCCCAACCAUUUCCCACUUUAACCGCUUUCAAAAGUACUCUCUCAUUUAUCAUAAACCCUAUUCUUCUUUCUCCUCCUGCUCCGGCCCAUCAUGAGGUAGCCUCUCAAAUGCCUCGCCGGCGUUCUUCUCUCAUGCCUCCGUUCCUACCACCACCUCUCUAGUCUUUUCCUCCUUCUCUUUCACGUUUUUUCUUCUUCUUUUUCUUUCCAUAAUGACUCGCCAGAACCAACUCCAAAACCGUCGUCGCAGCGUCGGAGAAGUGGCUGGAAAUGCAACAGCGGAGUGUGCAGCAAUCUGCUGCUGUGUCCCAUGUGCGGUGGUGGAUAUGGUGGCGCUUGCAACGUAUAAAGUUCCGGCUUCUUUGUGGAAGAAGGCAGCUAUCAAUAACAGAAAGAAAAGGUUGCUGAAACAGAUGAAGAAGGAUAUGAAGAACUUUUUGGAGCAUGAAAAGCCCGGUGGACCUGGACCUGAGACGGUUGUUGUUGGGCCCACGAUGGAGGAGCUUUUGGCCCAGGAGGAAUUGCCGGAGGAGGAUUUAUGGGCCCGGUUCAGCGUAAACGGUUUUUGGAGAAGCAGUUCUUCUCAGAAACAUGAACCGGAUGAAUUGCAAACCGGAGAAAAUAACCGUUAGUACAAUCAUUAUUAUUGUGAUUGUAUAUUGUAUAAUGUGAUUUUUACAUUUGAGAUUGAAGAUACAGGUGUUGAAAUCCAAAAAGAAUUCAAUGCUUUGUUUACCUUUUCUGGUGUGUGAUGUGGAAUUCAAUCAUUUAUGUGUUUUAAGGGUAAGAUAGUAAUGAA